AUGACACUCAUCACAUCAUUAUUCAUUGGUUCGCUCUUUCUUUUAGUUCUUCUUCUUCCGAAUCGAGUUGUUGCUCAAAGCACUCCCACCACUCCGACAAUCACCACCUCUUCCACAACAACGACAACACUCUCCGCUACCGAUGUUGAUAUUGGUUGGACUCUAAUUAACGGAGCUCUUGUGAUGUUUAUGCAAGCAGGAUUUGCCUUCUUGGAAGCUGGAAGUAUUCGUUCUAAAAAUGUGGCUAACAUUUUACUGAAAAUUGUCAUGUCAGUUGCCAUUUCAACUAUGGCUUGGUUUUGCAUUGGUUAUGGUUUUGCAUAUGGUGACAAUCAAUUGACAGAUACAAGAAAUGGAUUCUUUGGAAAUUCAGGAUUUUUCUUAUUGGGAGGAGAUGAACCUCAACAUGUCUUCUUUUUUCAAUGGGCCUUUGCUGCUGUUGCCAGUUCAAUUGUGAGUGGAGCCGUUGCUGAAAGAAUGAAUUUAUCUGCCUUCUUUAUGUGUUCCUUCAUUAUGACUGCUUUUAUUUAUGCUCCUGUUGCUCACUGGAUUUGGUCCUCUGCUGGUUGGCUUUCUGGAUUCAAUAAGACCAUGUUUAGAGUUGGAAAUGUUGGAGUGACUGAUUAUGCUGGAGGAAUUGUGGUCCAUCUUGUGGGUGGAGUUUGUGGACUUGUUGGUUCCAUCAUGGUUGGUCCAAGAAUUGGUCGAUUUGUGAAUGGAAGAGCAGUUAAAAUUGCUGGUCACAACAAGACACUUGUGUUGUUGGGUGGUUUAAUUUUGUGGUUUGGUUGGUAUGGUUUUAACAGCGGCUCCACACAAGCUCUCUCAGGAGGAAUGUCAACCAUCACAGCUUUUGCCAGUGCUAACACAACCAUUGCAGGUGCUGCUGGUGCCAUGAUGUGUAUGUUGUGGAGUUGUCUCCAAAGUGGACAAUAUGACUUGACAGAGAGUUUGAACGGUUGUUUGGCUGGAUGUGUUUCCAUUACUCCUGUUUGUGCCUUUGUUGAGGGAUGGGCUGCUGUAUUGAUUGGAGCUAGUGGUGCCUUAGUUUAUAUCGCAAGUAAUUGGCUUUUGGAAGCUUUGAGAAUUGACGAUCCUGUGUCAGCUGUACCUAUUCACGCUUUUUGUGGAGCAUGGGGAUUAAUUACUGGUGGAUUAUUUGCUACACAAAAACAGAUUGCUACCUAUUAUGGAUUAGAUUCGAAUAUUGAAAUGUAUGGCCUCUUUUACAGCUUGAACUGGGAGUUAUUGGGUGUUAAUUUAUUAGGUAUUGCCAUUGUGUUGAUAUGGACUGCCUUCUCUUCUGUGAUUAUGUUCUUUAUCAUUGAUAUUACAAUUGGUUUGAGAGUUCCUCCAGAAGAUGAAUUGAUUGGUCUCGAUCACAAGUAUGGUGGUCAUGCAUAUACACUGGACGACCCACAUCAAUAUGGAUUUGGAAACUCUACUUCUGAAAAUACGGCUGCAAGAUCUGCAUUAAAGACUGCCAGAACUGUGAAUUCACAUCGAACACAUCGCAGUGGUAAAUCAAGUAGAAGAAUGUAA